UUGUGGGGCGGCAGCAGCAGAUCCAAGAUGGCGGCCAGCAGGAGGCUGAUGAAGGAGCUUGAAGAAAUCCGCAAAUGUGGAAUGAAAAACUUCCGUAAUAUCCAGGUUGAUGAAGCUAAUUUAUUGACCUGGCAAGGGCUUAUUGUUCCUGACAAUCCUCCAUAUGACAAAGGAGCCUUCAGAAUCGAAAUCAACUUUCCAGCAGAAUAUCCAUUCAAACCUCCUAAGAUUACAUUUAAAACAAAGAUCUAUCACCCUAAUAUUGAUGAAAAGGGGCAGGUUUGUCUGCCGGUAAUUAGUGCUGAAAACUGGAAGCCAGCAACCAAAACUGACCAAGUAAUCCAGUCCCUCAUAGCACUGGUGAAUGAUCCACAGCCCGAGCAUCCCCUUCGGGCUGACCUAGCUGAAGAAUACUCUAAGGACCGUAAAAAAUUCUGUAAGAAUGCUGAAGAGUUUACAAAGAAAUAUGGUGAAAAGCGACCAGUGGACUAAAAUCUGACACAAUUGAUGUCAGCAACGUAUGAUAGAAGAUCGGAGCAGUGCAUUUCAGACACCCCGUAAAGCAGGACUCUAUGGAAAAUUGACAAGUGCCACCUUUCGGUGUUAACUUGUGGCUGUUACUAACUUUCUACAGUUUUCUUAAUCAAAAGUGGGCUAGGUAACCUGUAAAGAAAGGAUUAAAAAUUUAAGAUGUUCUAGUUCUGCUUUCUUUGUUUAAAAAUCACUGCUUCAAUAUACUUUAAAGUAUGCUGUUUUCUUUUUCUUGUCAGAAUUUAUCAAAAAUAUCUUAGACUUAUAUUCUGCCCUUAAAUUGAAAAGGUUAUGGCUGUCAUUUCUUAUUUUUUCCUUGCAGUUCCCACUAUCUUGAGUUCAUUUAAUUCUUCAUUGAAUUUUUCCCCCUCCCCAAGCUGAUGUCUUAGAGAAAUUAUCCCAGUUCUGGCAGAAAAUGAUUGAGUGUUUGGCAGUUUUGUUUACUUUUCUCUUUAAAUGUUGCACUGUGCUUUGUGGGACUUAUUGCAAGUUCCCCAUAACUUCAGUUUGUAACAUAAUAAACAAAAACAGAUGAACCCCACAGAAACAAUCAGAAAUAAUGUCCAGGUCUUAUGUAAAUCUGGCUGAUGUUACUACAAUAAUGUUUAUUAAACGGGGAAACCCAAGAUUUUGUGUGCGUGAUUGAAUUAAAAUGCUGCUUAUGUCCUGCUUUUGGAAAACUUUGGGGGAAAAAAAUCUGUAGCAAGUGAAUAGUGGAAUGUGAUUGUGAACUUCUCUCACUUCUGUUCUUAGUACCUAUGCAGAGUAGCUAGGAAAAAUUGCACAGAACAACACUGCAACCAAGUUAGAAGAGUUUCAGAAUUUGGGGACCAGGAGGUGCCAAAGUAAUUAACAUUUCCAAAAAGUAUUGACUUUUUAACUCCAAGAACAAUUUAUCUUGAACUUAAAUGCUAAAUCUGACAGCACUGCUAGUCCUCAAGAGUACAUUUUUUUAAUCAGAAUGCAUAUGGAACACCUGUAUUUUAUGGGAUGGCACACUCCUCCCACUUCCCCAUCCAAUUACUGUACAGUUCUUACUGAAAUUAUGAGGAUAGGAUUAAGCAAUAAACUGUAAUAGAGUACACUUCACUGCUACUGUUCAUGUGCUUUAAUAAUACACACACAAGUUGGCUGAUUUAAUGAAUGCUUCAUGUAUCAUUCUAAUUUAAUCAGGCAGAACUGUUUUCCUUUGCUCCAGGGCACACCUAUGCAUGCUAAAGGAAGCCCUUCCAGUUCAGAAUUGAGCAUCUUUCAUUGUGUCUCUAUUCUUCUGGCUGCCUGUCUUUUUUCUCCUGAAUCUCCAGUGUGAUCAUAGCUCUACAGUCAAACUGCCAUACAGUCAAACUGCCGCCCUCUCCCUUCCCACAGAAUUUGGGCAUGUUAUUGAGCAAGCAGGUUUAUCUCCAGAAAUCCAUAAGCGUAUGGGAGUACAUAUCAUUUUGAUGUGCAGGAAGUUGCAUUAGAAAAUCCCUCACAUCCAGAUGGGUAUCUGUACUCCUGAAAUCGGUCUGAAUACAGCUUCUGCCUUCGCGACAUUUCAGAACCAGUAUGUCUAGCAGUAGGCCUCGGUUUUCAUGUCUUGUAUAUUUGCUCUUCCAUUCAUCCCUCUCAUUCAGCUUUGAUUUCAGAUUUAGUGUAAACAAUGACAGCCCAGUACCUCACCUCUGUUGAACCUCACCUCUGUUGAAAGUAAAAUUUUUUUUAUAAGUUAGGGAGCUAAGAAAAUUUUAUGUUUAAGUGUUCUUAGACAGAUUCUUUGGCAGGUAAAUAAAGUUAAACCACAUUCACCUUAUUUACGGAAACUUGCAUUUUGUAAGUGUUUUCAGGCUUGUGAGAGCACUGUCUAUUACCAAAUUUUCACAUCUUUGUGUCUUCAUUUACAGAAAGUUGGUACUGAUUUUGUUUCAUUCACGCUCACUCAGAUUCAUAAUAAAAUAAUGCCAAAUUAUCUGUCAAACUGAAGUGUGUGUAACUUAUGCAUCAGAUACUUAAAUGAGUCUCUGUUCCUUUGAUCACGUCUGUUGGCAUGGAAACUUGCAUUCUCUACAUUUUCUUUUUUAUUUAAAAAUGAAACUGUAGCACUAGUUUGCUGCCCUCGUUACUACUAAAUAGCAUACUUUCUGGUUGUAAACCUCUCAGGUUAAAUACUGCAUUUAUUUGAAUCAGCGUGACUUGGAUGCCAUUGAAAGGGAACUGAAAGGGCUGCGUAAUUCAAGGAAAUGCGGUCUGGGCUCGUGCAGGCCCACAGCGAUGCUAUACCAGCCGUUCCAGUGUCGUCUGUAAAGGUCCCAUAGAAGGAAAUUAUUACUCUCAGUUCUCUGGGUGGUUCUGUAUAGCUCAAUUUCUAAACUACAAGAUGUGUAACCUAAGUGAUGGCUUUUGUUUGUAGGUGCCCUCUGAAAAAGAAAGAUCAGUUACUGUACUGUACGGUUGAAGAGGGGAGAAAAAAUGAUAUCAAAGUACUAAGAUCUACGUUAACUCAGGAAAUCAAGCUCGCCUUCUCUGGUUCCCUAAGCCAUGCUGAACUCUUAACAUGCAGUUUAAGAUUCAAAAUAAAAGCAACAUACUGGUGAAACUACACCCAAGAGUACUGGUAUAGGCUUUCUGCAAUUCCAUUCUGCUACCCUAAUAAAAAUGCUCUCAAAGGCUU